AUGCUGCCAUUACAUCGUCGGACAUAUGAAUGGAAAGGGGACCAUGUGCUAAGGUGCAGGCACUGGGAUAAGGUGGCGAUUCGAUGGCACAUUUCGUCUUGCGAUGAAAGCGGCAGAAAUUGCACCGGUGGAAGUAAUGUCGAUUACGCGGAUCGACCUCAGAAUUCCACUGAAGUGCCGGCUUGGAAGAAUGCGUUCACGUAUUUUCAGCUUCCUGGAGCUGAGAAUGGGGAUAUUCUGAAUCUUCAAAUCGGUGGUUAUGAUCGACGAAAGAUUCGGACCAUCUCGAUUGCACCGCUCAAAAUUGACGUGGAUUGGAGGUGGCAGGUUGACAAGAGGGGUUGCAAUAAUUUCGUUGUUCGCAUGUCAGCGAUGAGCAUAAUCGACAAACGGAACAGCAAGAACCUUCGGAAAUUCUGCAAAAUGUUCGACAAAGACCAAUUCGUAGAUUGCAACAAUCUCUAA